UUAAUGUGAGAUCUGGAAAAUGGUAUAAAUAUAGUACGAAAUUCCAACAGGAAGAGUCGCAAAAGGGAAGAUCUGAACAGAACCGAAGUCAUCAGCCUUUCUAAUUUACAAAGCAAGGAUUUGAAAACCCUGCAAUAAGUCAGACCAUGGACAAGUUGCGAGUUGCCGUGAUUGGAGCCGGUGUGGUGGGGCUCUCUACUGCUGUGCACAUAGCAGAAUCUGUUCCAGAUUGCUCUGUCACUGUGAUCGCGGAAAAGUUCUCUCCUUACACAACUAGCGAUGUCGCUGCCGGAAUCCUCAGCCCACACUUCUCUCGAGAGACACCAGUUGAACUUCAGAAGCGCUGGUUUGAUGAUACAUUUGCUCACAUCUACUCAAUCGCACAGUCAGAGGAGGCAUCUGAAAUCGGUGUGCAGAUCCUGUCUGGAUGGGAGAUCUUUAAAGAAACUCCGAUGGAACCCAUCCCGUUCUGGUCUGACUCUGUGUUGGCAUUUCGAAUUAUGAAUAAUGCUGAGCUGAAGAGGUUUCCUUGGGCCACAUUCGGCUGGAUGUACACUACUCUGCUUUGCGAGUGUACCUCUUACUUACCUUGGUUGGAGAAAAGGUUAAAGAAUGCAGGCGGCCAGUUGCAGACUGGGAAGAUCACAAAUUUCUGGGAACUUGAUGGGAAGUACGAGAUCAUUGUGAACUGUUCAGGUAUUGGAGCCAGGGCCCUUACAGGGGACGUGAACAUUUAUCCAGUAAGGGGCCAGAUCCGGAAGGUUCAUGCUCCCUGGCUCAAACACUUUGUGCGUGUUGGUGAUGGCACCUCUUACAUCUACCCAGGAAUCUCCGCUGUUACUUUGGGUGGAACUAGGCUGCAAAACGAUUGGCGGAUGUCAGUCGACCCGUCAGACAGCGAGAGAAUUUUCAGCAGGUGCUGUGCUUUAGAACCAAGUCUCACAUGCUCUCGUAAAUUAUUCGAAGGAGUCGGUCUGAGGCCCGUUAGAGCUGUGCUGAGGCUGGAAAAGGAGAAGCUGGAGCGUGAUGGCAGACAGAUGUACUUGGUGCAUAAUUACGGCCACGGGGGAGCUGGGGUUACCUUUCACUGGGGAACUGCAAAGGAAGCUGCCCAACUGGUUCAGGAGUGUGCAAUGGAAAUAAGAUGUCAACCUAUCCAUUCCAAAUCUAAACUGUGAACAGGAUGUCACCAAAUGAUCUCACCGUUGUGGCAACUUGAUUCAAAACAAAACAACAUAUACCUACAGGUAAUUCUACAAACAUCAAUAAUGAGCUUCUACGGGUGAUCCAGACACUAGAUCAUAAGAAUAAUGACCACAGAGUGUACAAUAUGGAAAUCAUAUACAAUUGGAAAAGUGCCCUGAUGAUUUUAUUACUCCUGUAUUUACAGUAAUUAGGUGUUGUGGCUGUUUUCUGGAAUAGAAUGUAAAUGCACAAACCAUCAGAUGAUUGUCUCUUUCUUUGUGAUCAGUUUCUAAUUUGUAUCUUCUGCCUUAAUGCAUCCUUGUUUUAAUGUCUUUGUGUGCAGUCAAGUGGAUAAUUAACAUAUGUGUUAAAAAUUUACAAUAAAAU